UCACUAUAAUACUUAAUACAUUUCUUAAAACCGAAUAAAUUCUUCUCGGCUCUACAUUGUUAGAUUCGAGUCGUUGAAAUAAUUUAUGGUAAUUAAAAUAGUUAGUAUAGUGUUAAAACUUAAAAGUAGUCAUUUCCAAAUUAAUAUUCAUUUAAGAAUUAGACAUUCCUUAACUAACAUUGUUUCCAAACCAAUGUUGAUUGAUUGCUCUCACCCUUUGAUUAAGGAGUUGAGCAACCCUUUAAUAGUAGCAACUUCCAAUUUCAUUUUCUAAGCAUUAUUGCCAUAACUCAUAUCCCAAACCUUUUCAACCCAACAUGUAAACCAUUGUUUUCGUAUGUAUUACAGGGUUUACUAUCAUAUCUCCAGGGCAAUAAUCAAUCUUUCUCUACAGACAGCCAGUCAUACGAAACGGUAAACUUCUUUUAACCAGCCAAUAUCCAAGUCCAACCCAGCUCCACGUUUUGCAAGAAUUUGAACCAAACCGUCCUUCCAUCUUCCCCAUCUCUUCAAUCUCCACAAGCCACUCUCCCACUUUCCAGUAAAAUAAAAUAAAAAAAUACAAAGCCAUUCUCCACUCACUUCCGUCCAUCACCAUCACAUAUUCACAUCCAUUUUGAAAAGGGUAAAACAUUUUGAAAAGCUCCAACUCCCCUGUUUUUUUCACUGUUCUUCCCUCUCUUGUCCACCAUUCUGGUCCUCUGAUCUCAAAGCUCAACCAAAAAUAGAAAUAAACCUGACGGACCGAUCGCUACCACUGCCACAACCAUGACCGUUCCUCAAGUGAAGAAAGAGCAGUUGCAGGAGAAGAAGGGUAGGCCAGGGAAGGUGAAGGUUUCGUCCUCUAACAAACAGGAAAGAGGGAUUGUUCCAACCAAGUCUGGCUUCAAGAGGGCGACAAGCGAAAGUGUGUAUGUUAAUGGCGAAGUGAAGAAUGCUGUAAUGAAGAGAGCACAGGAGAUAGAAGCCAGUCUACCAAGAAACUUCCCUACCAUGAUAAAGAUUAUGCUCCCUUCUCAAAUCUCGGGUGGGUUUUGGCUGGGUCUUUGCAAAAAGUUCUGCAUCAAGCAUUUGGGUGAAAAGGACUUCAUAAUGGACUUGGAAGACGAGGAUGGCAAAGUCUCUCGAGUGAAUUGUCUAGUCAGAAAUGCAGGACUUAGCGGGGGAUGGAAAAAGUUCUCAACCGAUCACAAAUUAGUUAAAGGAGAUGUCGUAGUUUUCCAGUUGGUUAAGGCAAACAAGUUCAUGGUCUACAUUGUGAGGGCAAGUGAUUUUGAGGAAAAUGAUGUUGCUCUUGGCCUUCUGAAACUGGAGACUAGUUUGGAAGAGAAAUCUAGCUCAGAUGAAGUGGAGGGUGCUCUUGACCUUAUGGAGCUGGAUGGUGUUUUGGAAAAGAAAUCUGCUCAUGCAAAGGAUCUGAGCAGAAGUGUCAAAGCAACUGUCAUGAAGACUGUUGAUGAUUCUGAUAUUUCGUCUGAAGAUAACUAUGAACCAGAGGAAUCUGAGAAUGGCAGUGAUGAAGGUUUCGGAUUCCAUGUCCUAGACGGGAUCAGGAUGUCUUCAGCAUCAGCUGUUGAUUUCCAGCAGGUAAAAAGCUUUGAUGACUUUGAUAUUAUUGUGAACGGCUUGGUGAUCAAUUCUGAGCUCUCAAAGCACAUCCAGUUCAAGUACUAUGAACUGUGUAGCAGUCAGAAGUUGUUCCUCCAUGAACAAAUCCUCAAUGGUCUCAACUGUAAGUUGAUAGCCGGAGUAAUCGCUGAGACCAUUAACAUUGCUGAUGCCAUAAGAGCUUCAAAGUUUAGCGGUGUGGGUAAUGAUAACGGUCAGCAGAAGGAAGACUUUGUGACUUGGGAGAGCACAUUGUUAGCUUUUCAGAAGCUGGGAAUGAAUGUGGAGUUCAUACUCACCAGGUUGAGGCAACUCAUGCGGCUCUGUGACAUUGCCAAUAGGUGUAAGAGGUUGAAGACUGAGAGGGUCGAGGUAGGCAAGGAGGUGAAGGUUCUGGAGGCGAAACUCGAGGAAUCUGUUCGAAGAAUGAGAAGGAUUGAUGAAGAGAUCGAGAAGUUGGAAAUUGACGAUGUGGAGGAUGUUGAGGUGAAGUUCAGAGAAUUGGCUAAAGCUCCAUGGUCAGUUUGACUUGUAGUAAGUAGUAACACAGGUUAUUCAUUUUGUUGCACAAGAGUUUGGAAAAGUAUGCUCGUGAACAUGGUGCAUUGAUUAUUUUGUAUGUAAUGGCUAAUUGAUAGUCGAGCCUGGUCCUUCAACAAAUGAAGUUGGAGCUAAUAGAAGUAAGGUUUUAGUUAUCUAAGGAGACUUCUGGUUUUGGUCAGUAGGCUUGCUUUUGAAGAUUAGAGUGUGAUUAGCAGACAUCUGAUAAUGUUCAAACUAUGUACUACACGUGUAGCAGCAUCAUUAUAUGCAUUUCAUAACGUAGAAUAUGCUGUCUUGUCAAGAUAAUCUUCCAUGGUAACAUUUCCAUGUUUGAAGACCUAAGAAAGAGAGGCUUUCAAGUUUCAACUCUCUAGCUUGGUUUAUAGAUUAGUCACAUGCUCUUGUUCCUUGCAAUGAAAGGAAGGAUUAGGAUCCAGAUCUCUAUCCUGUCCCGAGCUAGCCCAAUAUGAAAGCCCAGCCCAACUUUUUCAUUUACGAAGAAAGCCCAACCCAAAAGCACAUGACCGUUUCAUUUCUACUUUCUGUUCUAUUACUGUUCGUGUUCUUUUCUCCUUCCCCUCUGGUUCUGAGAUUCUCUCUGCAACUGGAAUUGCUACUGAAGAAAGAAGAACGAAGAAACAGAGAAUUGCUACGGGCGUUAUCAAAUUCUACUUCAGCUAGGAUCAUGACCAUCCUUCAAGUCAAGAAAGAGCAGGCUGAACCCAUUUUCCAAAGACCACCUCGUUCGGUAAGUUUACUCUCUGCUUGCAAAGCUGUAACUUUCAGCUUCACAUCUCUCUCUCUUGUUCGCUUCAAUCUUGGUGUCUUUUUCUUUCUUCGAUUAUGCUGCAGGGUGAGAAAAGAAGCACGCAAGAAUUCAACGAUGGGUUGCUCUGGUUCUCUCUCUCUCUCUCUCUCUCUCUCUCCUCCAUUCAGUCUUUGUUUACUGGCCUUGCUAGAAUUCUGAUUGAAGGAAGAAUUUCUCAAAUGAAUUGAAUGUUCAGAGUUCAGCUUGUGAGGCUGAAUUUAUACUCUGGUUACAGAGUUCAACGGAGGGAAAUACAGUUACAACAACCUAUCUAAUUUACAGUAUUAGUCCUAGUUACAAUCUACUAUUACUAAACUAAUCCUAAGCUACUUGGUUAUUUACAGAGUGAUCCCUAUCAUCUAAUACCCCCCGCAAGCUAAGCAUGGAUAGACUUCAGGUUUAGCUUGGAUGUAAGGUCGAUGAAGGUGUGGACAGGCAACGCUUUGGUGAAUGGAUCAGCCAGCUGGAGUGUGGUGGAUAUGUGUUGAACUUUCAGUUUCCCAGCAAGCACUUGGUCGCGAGUAAAAUGGCAGUCGACUUCGAUGUGUUUGGUACGUUCGUGCUGGACAGGAUUCUCUGUCAUUUUGACAGCAGAGAGACUGUCGCAAUAGAUGCUGUAUGGAAGGGGAGGUUGGACUGGAAGUUGAUGGAAAAGCGCCGUCAUCCACUGAAGUUCCUGAGAUGUAUCCGCCAAUGCCCUUUACUCGGCUUCUGUGGAGGAGCGUGAAAUUGUCUGUUGCUUCUUCGAGCGCCAGCUGAUCAAGGAGUUCCCUAAAAAUACACAAAAACCAGUCACUGAUCGUCUAGUAUCUGGGCAUCCAGUCCAAUCUGAAUCCGAGAAGGCAGUAAGACGUGUAGAAGAGUUGGAAGGGAAAAAUAAUCCUCGGUCAGGAGUGGUUUUGAGGUAUCGAAGGAGCCUGUGGGUGGCUAGUUCGUGUGCUGAAGUGGGAGAAUCAACAAAUUGACUUAGUUGGUUGACAGUAUAGCAGAUAUCAGGUCUUGUAUUGCAAAGAUAUUGUAGUCGACCAAUAAGUUUUCUGUAGCUGCUAUGAUCUUGGUCAUUUAAAGGGGUACCAUCCUUAGCAGAGAGAUGAGUGGCAGGAAUAGAAGGAGUAGUUGUAGGUUUAGAAGCUAGGAACCCAGUAUCAGACAACAAAUCAAGUGUAUAUUUGCGUUGACAUAAAUGGAUUCCAGAUUCUGAUCUUGAAACUUCCAUUCCAAGGAAGUACUUUAAUUUACCAAGAUCCUUUAUUGUGAAAGCAGUGUCUAAUUGUUGUUUUACAAACUUGAUUUCAUCCAUGUUGUUGCCAGUUAGUAUAAUGUCAUCAACAUAUACUAGUAGAGCUGUGAAUGAUGAACCAGAGUACUUAGUGAAUAGAGAAUAAUCACUGUGAGAUUUCUGGUAGCCAAGGGCCUCUAAGGUUGCUGCAAGUUUUUCAUACCACUGUCUACUAGCUUGUUUUAAGCCAUAAAGUGAUUUUGUAAGU